AUGUGGCAGACCGACCCUGCGCUCGACGCGCAACAGUGUGUCCAGGGCGCGCAGGCCGUGGUCGAUCAGGCCGAUCAGCGUCGGCGCCAUCCCAUCAUGGUCGAUCUCCUUUACGAACCGUGCAUCAUCAAGGCGUCCCUGAAGAAACUAUAUCUCAUCUAUCAGAGCCGCAAGGGUCUGCUCUUGUUGCUGCUUUUGCUCCUGCUGCUGCUGGGGGUGAUAGAUGCGAAGCAAGACGGCGAGAUGCUGUCUUGGUGGGUCUAUGGCCGGCUAGGACUGGCCGUAUCACUGCCUCGUCUACGGCCACCAAUGCCACUUUCAGGAUUUUUCGUGAGCAUGGGGGCCGCGAACACUGUGGCAACCAGGAACAUCCGCGAGGCGCAGGGUGUCUUCCCGAAGCCUUUCGAUAGUGGACCGGAAGUUUUCCUUGCCUGUUGA